AUGGAAAAUCAGCAACAAGCAACAGCUAGUGAACUUUGCCGUGCCGGUUGUGGCUUUUUUGGAUCAGCUACUACAGAGGGACUUUGUUCUAAGUGUUAUAAGGAUUCAAUUAAACGCAAACACGAUAAUGUCCGUCUUUCUCCAUCAUCAGUGCCUCAUUCAGGAGCAUCAACGUCUGAUGCAUGUUCUUCACGAAAUGUAGAUCAUGUUGCUGAACAAAUUAGAGAAGUUGUUUCUGCAUGUCAGUCAUUAAAGUCUUCUGACAUAGCUCAAAAAUCACUUGAAAAUGUAAUAAGUCAAACAUCGGUUGUUGUUCCACAUGUAGAGAAAGUAGACCUUACAUCUGUUCAAAUUCCAUCAAGUUCUGUUUCAUCAAAACCAUCAAUAGGUAAAAUACCUUGCGACAUCCAACCACCAACUGACACUCCUGGAUCUAAGAAAACAGUAAAUCGUUGUGGAAUGUGUAAGAAGAAAGUUGGUUUGACUGGAUUUACAUGUAGAUGUGGUGGACUUUAUUGUAGUACACAUAGAUAUGAUUCUGCUCACGAUUGUUCAUUUGACUAUAGGACUACUGAACGUGAACAAAUUGCAAAGAACAACCCAACAAUUGGAUUCAAUAAAAUUGAACGCAUCUGA